AUGUUGGAUGUCGAGUCUGUCAAGAAAAAGUUGCGGGCCGUACUCCUGUCCAGCAAAGACGGCGUGCCCCUCAGCCGCCUUCGGUCGGAUUACCUUUCCAUGUGCGGAGAGAGUAUCCCGUUAAAGCAGAUGGGCUUCACGACUCUGGAGGAUUUUCUCUGGAGCGUCCCAUCGGUGGUCCGCAUGGAGUACCGGCAGGGCAAGCUACAAUGCUUUGCUGGAUUGUCUAAAGAGACAGUCCACCUCGCUGAGUUGGUGGCCAAACAGAAGAACCCGAAGAAGCACGGGCGCUCUCAACUGGUCAGCUGCAAAAUGAGAUUCAAAUCCUCCAGCUCCCAAAUGUUCAACGUGAAGCCUGGGGCUGUUCUCCGUCAGCCCAAGGGCGCUGGCUCUGCUGGCAAGAUGGUGAACCACCCUUUGACCUGCAAAGGUUAUGGAGGCUGCACUGCCUCAGAUUUCUACAGAACCAUCUCCAAUGUCUAUGAUGUGGAGCAAGUACAGAGAAGAUUGACUCAACUCUUGGCUAAGCACUGCAGUGGUCUGUGGCUGUCCAAACUACCAGUGGUCUACAAGGAGAUGUUUGGACAAAAACUUAAUCACCAGGCUUUGAUAGAUUUGGAACAGUGGAAACAUAUCUGCUCCGUGGAAAAAAUUGGUGGCGGCAAACGCGCUGACCGUCUCAUGUAUCCUGCUCUUCCACCCAAGCCCUUCUCUGCCUCUACAACUGCAAGAGCCAGUACCACAACAAUGCAGUCAACCAACGUGCCUUGUGCUGUCCCCAUGCCCAAGCAAACUUGGACCUGCCUUACCCCACCCCCUACCCCUACACCCACUGUGACUAACAAGAGCUUCUUAACAAAACCAUUCCUUUUCCCUCCCCAGCCUGUUAGUGGCUCCCAAGUUUUACCAUGCAGCCUCCCAAACCCAGUACCACCCCCUACUUCCUUGCCAUCCUCCUCAGCCAAAGGGGACCUUUGCUGUAACAUUUCACCCAGUGGCCCUUCCUCUUCCACAUCAAAGCUAGCCUGUCCCUCCACCCUGGAGCCUGCCCCUGUUCCCUCUUCCAACACUAAUGAGAGUGACUUGUCAGCUGACAUACGUCAAAAACUGAAGGAGCUCCUGUCCAAGUACAGCUAUGGUGUGUGGGUGCACGCCUUGCCUAAACUCUUCAUGGAAACAUACAAGAUUCCAUUUCCUGAACAUGCUCUGAAUAACCUUUCUCUAUUGGAGGAUAUAUGUAGUGUAGAGUAUCCCAUUCCAGCUAACAAGAAGAAGGCCAUCUUGUGUAGCUCCAGUAUAACAGACACAUGCACCACAAAGAGCAAGGCAAGCAACUCAUGCAGCAGCUCCAUCCUGCCUUCUGGACUCGGGGCUUUGGCCCCUGUAUUGCCACCCCCUCUAAUAGUGCCCACAGAGCAGUUCUCCUCAGUACUGGUCACUGAUGCCAAGAACACCAAAGCGGUCACUGUAAGGUAUGUGGGUGACAACUAUUCUGCUGCUCAGGAGGCCAUGGAAGACUCUAUGCGUUCAUUCUACAGUCAAAACUCUGCCAACAAGCCCCUCUCCAAGCUUGCCUUUGGUCAGUUAACAGCUGUCAGAUGUGAUGAAGACGAGCUGACAAGAGCCCAGAUCAUGGAGGUCAUGACCUCUAAUAUGGUCAAGGUGUAUUACUUAGACCACGGCUUCUCUGUGGAGACAAGCAGGACCAAUCUGUUCGAGCUACACCCAGACUUCCUCUCUUUACCAUUCCAGGCCAUCAAUGUCAGGCUGGCAGGUCUAGAGUCCUUCAGCUCCCACCCCCUGAUCCUUUCCUCCCUGGAAAGCCUGGCACUUGGAAAGAUCCUGCUGAUGGAGACUGUGGAGCCUUGUAAUCAGAAGGAGGCAUCUCUGGUGCUGCUUUAUGACACAUCGCAAGAUGAUGACAUCAAUGUCAAUGCCACCUGCCUCAAGGCCUUACAGGAUAGGACCAUGGACAUCCCUCUCACUGUAAACGCUACCUUCCAGAAUGUGUGUGUGACCAGUGUGUGUCCAGAUGGAAUAAUCUACUGCCAGCUGUGCUCCAGAGGAAUCAUUAAACUCAAAACGUUGCUGGACAGAAUAGACGCUGCCUUCCUUUCUCAGGUGACAUCAGAGUCCCUGGUGUCCAGACCAUUCAGUGGCAAAGUCUGUUUGGCCCGCUGCAAAGGGAAAUGGUCCCGAGUGGAGAUCACCAAUCUUCAUGGCAACCGAGUAAUGGACAUUUUCUUCGUGGACCUGGGUUUAUCUGCCUCUGUAGAGGUGACUGAGCUCAGAGAGAUCCCCCUGCCCUUCCUGAAUGACCUCACUGCCAUACCACCACAGGCUAUCAAGUGCCGCCUAGCUGAUCUGGCUGACCCAGCUGGAGGUUGGAGCCCUGAGGCGCUUCUCUGGCUAAGGAAAACUGUCGUUAACAGUGUAGACUGUAGUAUAAAGAUCUCUGAAUUGAAACCAAGUGAAAAGGACAAGCUGCCCUUCAUCUUCCUGUUUACCAGUGCUGACAGUCAGGAGGUAGACAAGAGCGUUAACCAUCAGCUGGCCCAGUCACACUGGUUUAAGAAACCCAUUGUGGACAACAGCAUUAUUACUGUUACAAAGGCCAACAACAACAACAUGGAUACAGGUGAUGUACUGGAGAAGGCUUUUAGCAGACUAGCCCUGAGUCCUGCUUUGAGCUCACCAGCCCAGUACCAGCAUAGUAAAGGAGACUGUCAGAUCAAGACUAACAGGGAUGAUGAGAGGCCAUUGCUAAUGCCUCCUCCGCUGGACCUACCACAGCCUGGUCAGAAUUUAGAUGUGUUUGUUUCAGUGGCCUGCCACCCUGGUCACUUCAUGAUACAGCCAUGCAGGGACCAGUUUAAGCUGGUAGUGUUGAUGGGGGAAAUGGUGCUCUACUAUAACCAGACUGAGGCUGCAGCUACACGCUUCCAGGACGGAGAGGUUUAUGCUGCUAAAGUAGACAAGAAUUGGUAUCGUGUGCAGGUGAAAGGAAUUCUUACCAAUGGAAUGGUGUCUGUCCUUCAGUUGGACUAUGGAAAGUAUGUGCUGGUCAGCUGCACUCAUCUCAAACCUCUAAUAAAGGAAUUCAGACAGCUGUCCUUCCAGGCAGUUAAAGCACAACUGGCUGGUGUGACCCAUUGUCAGUGGUCGGAAGAGGCUUCCAUAUUGUUCAGGAACCACGUGGAAAAUCGGGCAUUGGUAGCCCAGGUGGAGUGUGUCCAGGAGGCGAGAGCACCGAUGAGCCCGCAGGUGAAAGGUGAGCUGCAGGAACGCAGCCUAACGGUCUACCUGGUGGACACCAGUGACAAAGUGAAGGACGUCUGGAUCCACGACGUCAUGGCAGACAUCAACAAAAAGCUGUCCCUUUCUGACAGCCAACUCCACAAACAGGGCCGAUAG